GUAAACAAAUAACAUAACCUUAAAAUUUAUUUAUAUAAUUCCGAUCUUUAAAUAAUUAAUAAUCGCAUCAAUGAUGGAGCCUCAAAAAGUGACCUACUGCACGGAGAUCUCCCUGAUGAUGUUCGGUUUCGGCGACAGUCACAAGCCCAAUCCGGAGACGGUGAGAUUCGUCGAAAGUAUCGUGCUGAGACAGCUUCGGACGAUCGUACACGAGGCGACGAGAUACUGGGACGGCAAGCUGCUGGGCGGCGAGGAACUGAUCUUCUUGAUGCGUAAGAACAAGUGGAAAAUGAGACGGUUCGUCAAGUACCUCAAUUUAAAACAUUUAAAGACGCAGUGCGAGACGGAGAUGAACGCCGAGUUCCAGACGAAAACGCCGCAGUCGCGUCAUCCGUUGUUGGAGUUUAUCGAGCGAAUCGACGAGACCGGCGAGCUGACCGAUCUGUCGGAGCUGGACGAGGUGAUUCACCGCAGGCAGGUGCGCGCCGAUUGCAUCUCGCAGGCGCUCGACGAUUCCAAGUAUUUAGAGUUUCAAAAGGCGCGAUGCGUCUCGUUUAACAGUAGGGGGACAUCGCGGUCGGCUAACUUGGAGAAGUUACGCGCGUGGAUCGAUCCGAAGAAGCAGAUUAAUACGAGCGGUAUCGCGUUGGAGGUGCUGGCGUAUUACGCCUAUCAGACGGUCGCGGAGAUUAUCGAUUAUGCGUUGCUGGUGAGGAUGGACGCGAGGAGGAGUAGUGAUCCGUUGGGCAACUUGGCCGGGCUGCACUAUACGGCCGCGAUGUUUGUCGGUGAGCACAGGUUUAGUGGGUCCAAUCCGGAUUACAGCCGUGUCUAUAGCGGUCAGCCGCCGAUUACGGUUGCGGAAAUACGGGAGGUGAUGAGGAGGUUUAAUGUGCCCCAAGCGGGUAGGCUUACUUUUGGCGGUAGGCUUCCAGAGACCAGUUUUUUGUUCGCCUUGUAGGCGAGGGUAGGCAACUUAUCGUACUUUUGUGUAGUC